AUGUUUCUAUUCAUUGUGUCCUACCAGAUUUUAAAAGCGUCCUCUAUUCUGCUCUCUGUUCAUAUGUUUGUGUGCAUCCCGCCUACACAGGUUCCCGUGCCAAAUAUGCCAUCACCGCUCACCACCUUCGACCUCCUGGUGAAGAAGGAUGAGACGUUGCCGCUGGUCUGCUUGGGCGUCUACCGACACCAUUCGCGACGUGGGCGCGCCGAAGAACGCUAUCGGCUGCACCUGGUCGAUCUCAACAGCCCCAGCCCCACCUUCCUCACAGACGUGCACCUGAGUCAGUCCGCAGAGCCGCCAGCGACCUCCUUUGGCUCC